GCACCAAAGUGAAGUCGCUUUCCCUCAUAAAUGUUGUACCCACCCCCCUACUUUGUCUACUCUACCUCCCCAUCUGUUACGUGUUGUUCCCUUCCCAUUCAUUAAAUCUCCGUGUUUCAUCCAUCAAAGAGCCAUAAUGGAAGGCAUCACAGCCAGCAUGAGAAGGGGUUUCAAGAAAUACUGGAAGAGAAGAAAGGGAUAUCAAAGAGUAACCAAAUCAAAUCGAAAGAGGAACACGGUGAAGCUAGGAGGAGAAUCAACCACCGGAACAAAGAGAAAAUGGAGGAUCAAAAUCUCAUCUAAGAUCAAAAUCCCAACAAUCUCUUCCCCUAAGAAAUGGAUGGUGUGGGUGAGAGACUCCUACAUGAGGAUGAUGCUGGCUUUGGCUAACUCCAAGGUGGUCAAAAUGGGUAGCUUUGGGGACACUACCGGUGGAUUUGGGAGGAACCAACAACCUAAGGAGUACGAUAAUAAAAUGCUUGUUCAUAUGUAUAAUUCCUUGGUUGUCGCUCAGGGACAUUUGCUUCCACGUGAUUUAGCUUCCAAAUUGGCUUCAGAAACUACUUGCCACCGGUGAAGGAAUUACUAGUUUCAUGUAAAUUCAAAUUUUAAUCUUUUCGUAUGUGUUUUCUUCAUCAUUUUAAUCACUUUGCGUUUAACUUUAAUUUUACUUUACUAUUAAUAAAGAGGUUUCAUAUAUCUUGUAAUCUGCUUUAAUUUUUUAAUUAAAAAUUGUUAUAAUUUAAUUUUUUAA